GCGUACGCCAAGUGCGCAGCGCAGAGCGCAGCGGCCCCGCCCCCGGCCCGCCCGGAUGACGGUGCGGGUUCUGCCGGAGCCAUGAGCUACGACCGCGCCAUCACCGUCUUCUCCCCGGACGGGCACCUCUUCCAGGUGGAGUACGCGCAGGAGGCGGUCAAGAAAGGCUCCACCGCGGUUGGAGUAAGAGGGAAGGACAUUGUUGUCCUUGGUGUGGAGAAGAAGUCAGUGGCCAAGCUGCAGGAUGAGAGAACUGUCAGGAAGAUCUGUGCCCUGGAUGACAAUGUCUGCAUGGCUUUUGCAGGGCUGACAGCUGAUGCCAGGAUAGUCAUAAACAGAGCUCGGGUGGAGUGCCAGAGCCACAGGCUCACUGUGGAGGACCCUGUCACCGUGGAGUACAUCACACGCUACAUUGCCAGCCUCAAACAGAGGUACACGCAGAGCAACGGCCGCAGGCCCUUCGGGAUCUCCGCCCUCAUCGUGGGCUUCGACUUCGAUGGGACCCCCCGGCUGUACCAGACCGACCCCUCGGGCACCUACCAUGCCUGGAAGGCUAAUGCCAUUGGCAGAGGAGCCAAAUCUGUGCGUGAGUUCCUGGAGAAGAACUACACUGAUGAGGCCAUUGAAACGGAUGAUCUGACUAUUAAACUUGUCAUCAAGGCUCUUCUCGAGGUGGUGCAGUCUGGUGGGAAGAACAUCGAGCUGGCAGUCAUGAGACGGGAGCAGCCGCUGAAGAUCCUAAACCCUGAAGAAAUUGAGAAGUAUGUGGCUGAAAUUGAAAAGGAAAAGGAAGAAAAUGAAAAGAAAAAACAGAAGAAAACAUCAUGAUGAAUGAAAUGCACCUGCUUAGCUGCUUCUUUUUAAUUCGAGUGAUGGGUUAUUCUGUAUAGACAUGUAGGCAUUCCAGUUACUCAUACUGUGCUCUCUUGAGAUCUACAAUAAACCUACUGAUUUUUUUUUAAAGCUGUUAUUUAAAAAAAACCUGUCUGUUCCUUGGAUUUUAAUUACCCAGGAUGAUCUUGGUUGGCUACAGAACAGCAGCAGUGACCCAUUAAAGGACAGAGACUUUGCUUGCA